UAAUAUUUUCCCUUCUACCAGUUUGGAUUUUGGGGGCCAAACCAAAUAGCAGAUGAAUGCUCCGUAACCGACAGCAGAGAGAUGAGAAUGAGUGGGAUUUCGGCUCCACCAUCUUCCCUCUCCCCACCUCGUCUGACCAUGAAAACUAACACCUUUUGUUCUUCUUCUUCUUCCUUUGCUUACUGUAUUGGUUCUCGAUGCCCUUCUCAUUCCUCACAUUCUGAAUUCAGAAGCGUAAGCCUCAGAGGUGGGUUUCCCAAGCUCAAUUUAGAGUGUCGCAGUAGCAGCCGACCUGGAGCUCCCGGAUCAGGUGAUGAUAACGAAAGCAGGACCAUUCUGGAUGCUUUUUUCUUAGGGAAGGCUCUGGCAGAAGCACUUAAUGAACGUAUUGAAUCUACAGUAGGGGAGUUGUUGAGUGCAGUUGGCAGGUUGCAAGCUGAGCAACAAAAGCAAGUACAGGAAUUCCAGGAUGAUGUGUUCGAGAGAGCAAAGCGAGCCAAGGAGAAAGCGGCACGGGAAGCCAGGGAAGCCCAAGGGCUUAUUCCCAAUUCUACUCCAGCAGUGAUAUCAGUAUCUAGUGAUGUUGCAACUACGUCAAUUUCACCUUCAUCAGAGUCAACCGCCUCAACAACGGUUGAUGAGGAUCCUUUGGUUGGGAAGUUAAAAGGAUGACUGAAAUUCUUUUGCCCCUUUAUGGUUAUGUAUUAUGUUACUCAUCUGAUCCAUUCUAUUUGGGUUCUAGCACAUCUCUCAUCAUCAAUGAAAGAAGAGCUUAUGUAUCUAUCUCAUAGUAGUAGGUUCAGUGUAAUAUGUUUUUGUGAACCAUAAUAAAACAGUCACAUUUGAAAUCUCAGUAGCCAGGUUCAAGAAUCCAAGAGAAGCUUGAUUACCUUGUGUUGCAUCAA